AUGGCGGCCGAAAGAAGAAAACGGAAAAGAGAGAAGAAUGAUGCAAAACUUCUCGUUCAUGACAAAGUAGAGGUGAGGAGUGUAGAAGAGGGGUUUCAGGGGUCAUGGCACACUGCAACUGUAAUAGCAUGUGAAAAUUUGGUUCGUCAAGUUCAGUACGACCAUUUAUUAUGUGACUAUGGUUCUCAGAAUCUAACUGAAUUUGUUAAUGUAAGUCCCAUGGUUGAUGGGGUCUUUCCUAGACAUGGGACCCUGCCUAAUUAUCGUGGCUUGAUAAGGCCGUUACCACCUCCCCUUGAUCUUGGGAAGUGGUGUCUCCAUUAUGGACUGUGUGUUGAUGUGUUCCACAAGGAUGCCUGGUGGGAGGGGGUGAUUUUUGACAAUGAAGAUGGUUCAGAGGAGCGAAAAAUUUUCUUUCCUGAUUUGGGUGAUGAAUUGAAUGCUCAAAUUGAGAUGUUACGGAUUACUCAAGACUGGGAUGAGGAAACUGAAGACUGGGAGCCUCGAGGGAAUUGGUUGUUUCUUGAGUUGAUUGAGGAAACUGAGCAAGAGUGGCCCCUUCUUGUUUCUGUGAAGCAAAUUUGGUAUGAAGUGCGGGUAAAGGAUGGUUUUAAGAAUGUCAAGGAAUGGACUUGUUCUGUGAGGGAUAUUUGGAGAGACUGGGUGUUCCAGGUUAUUAUUGAUAAUUUUAAGUUAACUUGUAAGGAAUUUUUUCACAAACUGAAAUUUUCAGGGGACUUGGUACAAAAAGGCCAGCGAUUAAUGGAAUUAUCUGACUCUACUCUUGAUACCCUAUUGGAGCCAGAAGCAUACGUAGGCAAUUGUUUUGCUGUUGUACCCUUUGAAACCACUGGCCUAUCGGAUAGAGAUGGGCUGCAGCCUGCUGGUUUGAAUAAUACUCUUAUUCAACCUUUUGAAGAGGAAAUUGAGCGGGAUGGUGUUCCAUUUGUUUUGAAGGAUGAUAAGGGGGAUAACAAUGUGAUGACUAGCUCCAUCAUUUCCAACCAAGAAGAAGCGCUGUGUGCGCCACCUCCAGGUUUGUUGGUCUUACCUUCUGUUUCUGAUGAUAAUUCUCUGAUCAUUUCCGAUAAAAACACUGGACGGUUUUCUGGUAUCAGUUCCAAAAAGCGACGUUGGAUGAUCAAACCUUCAACACAACGAAAAAAACAUAAGUGGCUUCCUGCUGGCCAUGACAUGGUUCCUGAAGCUGAGUAUUGCCCUGGUGCAAUCACUGAAUACAUUAAAAAAUCUGGCUCAAAGCAUAGUCCAUCAAAUGUUUUAACCUUAAAUGCUAGAAAACAUCUUUCAUAUAUGGGCUGGAAAAUUGAGUUUGUGAGGGAUAAUUCCAAGCCAAGACUACGUUACAUUUCACCUGAUGGGGAGUGUUACAUGUCACUUCGUCAAGUCUGUCAGGAUUUCAGGGAACCUGGUUCUGCUCUGAUUCCCUCAGAUGAUCAAAGAAGUUUAGUUGCUGCACCUGAUUAUCCAUUCUCAUCACAGCUUAGUAAACAACACGAAGUGUGCAAGGAGGCACCCGAGGUGCCUUCUAAUUCUGAUGUUGUUUUUGAACCUGAAUACUGCCCUCAAGCUGUGGUGGACUAUUAUUUGCUAGGAUUAGAGGACAAAAAUCUCCAUCGCGGGGAGAAGAGAGAUGCUAAGCUUCGGGAUAUGCCAUUAAAAGUAAAGAAACACCUGUCUGCCAUUGGUUGGUCAUUUUAUUACAAGUGGAAGGGUGGCAAGAGGGAAUUACGAUACAGUUCUCCAAGUGGAAGAUUGUUUUAUUCUCUUUCAGCAGCCUGCAAAUUUUGUACAGAGGAAGAGGGACUCUCUAGUAUUAAUGCUUAUGCCUCUGGACUAAGGCCAAACAUCAAUCUCAGCAAGGAAGCUAAGGGCCAGUUGGGUAUUGAGAGAUCGUCCCCUCCACUAAUGAAGACUCGGGGAUGUUUGGUAUCAUGGGAUGCUUUACCUGAAAAGCGGCCAACAGAGUCUUCUGGUGUAUCACUGUCAAGGGAACAUGUUGAACUGGGUAAAGUCAAUGUCCAAGGAACUGAAAAUUGCCGAAGAAAGAGAAAAAACUCUGUGUAUAUUGCAUCGCGCUUAAAUCAAACAAAUAACCAAUGCUUUGGUUCACCAUUGCCAAGGAAAGAAAAGGGAUCUAAAGCUUUGAUCAAGCAAAGAAAUGAUAUGGAUGGUGAUUAUUCUAUGCGGACACUUCAAUCAAGCAAAAGAGCGCGAGAGGUGGUGGUUCCUUCUUCCUGCCAGCGCACUCCUCGAACUGUCUUGCCUUGGUUAAUAGACAAUAAUGUAGUUUUGCCACGGGCAAAAGUAUAUUACCUNAGAGCGCGAGAGGUGGUGGUUCCUUCUUCCUGCCAGCGCACUCCUCGAACUGUCUUGUCUUGGUUAAUAGACAAUAAUGUAGUUUUGCCACGGGCAAAAGUAUAUUACCUUGGUAGAAAGAGUGGUCAUCGAAUGGCAGAAGGGCGAAUUACUCGUGACGGGAUCAAAUGCAUCUGUUGUCAAAAAGUAUUUACUCUCAGUAACUUCGAAGCUCAUUCUGGCAGCACUAAUCACCGACCUUCAGCCAAUAUUUUUUUGGAGGAUGGCAGAUCUCUGCUGGAAUGCCAAUUGCAAUUGAAACAGAAUAAUAGCGUGAGCAGUGUAAGUAGAAAACGACGGGAGAUGAAUAAUUAUCAGCAUCAUAGCAUGGCUGACUAUGUAUGCUCUGUCUGUCACUAUGGUGGUGAAUUAGUUUUAUGUGAUCAGUGUCCAUCCUCAUUUCAUAAAAGUUGCCUUGGUUUGAAGGAUGUUCCAGGUGGUGACUGGUUCUGCCCAUCAUGCUGUUGUGGAAUUUGUGGCUUAAGAAGGAUUAAUAAAGACAGUGACCUAAUUACAGAUAACCGGGUUCUAAAAUGUGAUCAGUGUGAGCGUCAAUAUCACAUUGAUUGCUUAAGGAGACAAGGUCUUGUAAAGCUGGAUGGUUAUCCUAAAGGAAAUUGGUUGUGUAAUGUAAGAUGUGAACAGAUAUUUUUGGGCCUGCGCAGGCUUCUGGGGAAACCAGUUGCAGUGGGAGUUGAUAAUCUAACUUGGACUUUAAUGAAAUACAUGACAAUUGAUGGAUGUGAUUAUGAUGCCUCCGAUACUGAUGUCUUGAUGGAGAACUACAGCAAACUAAACGUUGCUCUUGGUGUUAUGCAUGAGUGUUUUGAGCCUGUCAAGGAACCUCGCACAAGGAGGGAUCUUGUUGAAGACGUGAUCUUUAGUAGAAGGUCGGAGCUGAAUCGUUUGAACUUCCGAGGGUUCUAUACAGUGAUUUUGGAGAGAAAUGACGAACUGAUCACGGUUGCUAAUGUGAGGGUGUAUGGAGAAAAGGUGGCAGAAGUACCGCUUGUCGGUACACGAUUUAAGUAUCGCCGACUUGGAAUGUGCCGCAUUUUGAUGAAUGAGCUUGAAAAGAAACUCAAGGAAUUGGGUGUGGAUAGGCUAGUUUUGCCUGCUGUGCCAAGUGUGGUAAACACUUGGACCACUUCAUUUGGGUUUUCGAUGAUGACAGACUCCGAUAGAUUAAACUUUCUAGAUUACACUCUCCUGGGUUUCCAGGGUACUAUCAUGUGUCAGAAACUCUUAUCGGAAAUCCCUUCCACGGAAUUAAGUCCUUCAGAAGGAACCAAGCAAAAACUUGAUGAUGCUAUCAAUGGAAGUGGUCAUAUUGAUUUGUAUGGGAACAGUGCUAUUUCUGAAUUAUUUCAAGCUGACGAGAUUCAGGAGACUGGAAUUGUUUACCAAGGAUGUGUGGAUAUUGCUGGUGGCAGUGGCAUCGGCAGAAGCAAUGACACAGCUUCUCUGGUGAACCAACCAAUUCAUGUUGAAUGCAUGCCGUGCCAACGUGGAAUUAGUGUAGACUGCUCAGUUGAAGCUCGUGAUCAGAAUGAAGGUGAAAACAUUGUUAAUGGCAAUUAUGUAUGUCUUUGUAUCCGAGGCUACAAUGUCUCUUUUUCAGCUGUUAAUAAUGGCAAUAUUGCUGGUGGCAGUGGCAUCGGCAGAAGCAAUGACACAGCUUCUCUGGUGAACCAACCAAUUCAUGUUGAAUGCAUGCCGUGCCAACGUGGAAUUAGUGUAGACUGCUCAGUUGAAGCUCGUGAUCAGAAUGAAGGUGAAAACAUUGGUAAUGUAACUUUUAAAUGCUAUAAGCGGCGAAGGAUAUCUGCUUGUGAGAGUUGA